CAAUCUAUACAACAAAUGAAUAAAAACUCACAAGAGCAAUUGCAAUCAAUAUUAGAGAUGGAUGACAUGAAACAAAGCUUAAGUGAUGAACUUACUAAUGUUGUGAAAACUGAGAUAAUAGAUUCAGAGACAACAGAAAACAGUUUCAUUGGACAAAAUUAUGAACUUCAUUCAUCAGAAAAAACACAGAAUUCUGAAGGUUCUUUUCACUCAAGAUCAACCAUGGAUGAGAUGAAACAAAACUUACCUAACGAUCUUAGAAAUGUUAUAAAAGUUGAGAAAAUGGAAUCCUCAUCAGAUUCAGAGAUGCAAGAAAGUAGCUACACUGAUACAAGUUCUGAAUUAUUUUCAGGAGAAGAGACACAAAACAAAAUGGAGGUUCUGAAGCAAGAAAUGAAUUUAAACCAAGAUAUGUUUGCUGGAAACACUUUUAACAAAGAUGUGCAUGCUGGGAACUUUGAAGAUAAUGAACCAAUUCAUUCCAAUGAAAAUAUAAUUCACCAGCUGGUUUAUGUAGAGACACAACCAGACAAAUAUGAAGUAUAUACCAAAACAUUUGCCACUACAUCAAUGGUAAAAAAUGAUGAGACGAGUCAUUGUGGUAAAAAGCCAUUUCAAUGUCAAAUGUGUCGAAAAAAAUUCACUGAGCUGUCUAGCUUAAAAGCUCAUGAGGAAAUUCAUUAUGGAAAACGAAAAGAAACUACAACACAACGUAAGCGACGUUUAGAGAAACAAAAAAGAAAGCGUCAAGAAAAACUUGCCAUGGAAACAGAAGAGCAGAAACAAUUACGACUAGAGAAAAGAAAAGAAAAACGUCUACAAAAACUGGCCAAGGAAACAGAAGAGGAGAAAUAUUUAAGAUUAGAGAAAGAAAAACUAAAGCGUCAAGAAAAACGUGCCAUGAAAAGAGAAGAGGAACAACGUUUACAAUUAGAGACAAAAAAAAAGAAACCGUCCAGAAAAAAUUCCCUUGGAACUAGAAGAGAAGAAAUGAUUACACUUAGGGAAAGAAAAACAAAAGCAACCAGUAAGACUAGCAAUGCCAACAGAAGAGAAGAGACAUUUAGGAGUAAAGAAAAGAAACAAAAGCAACUUGACAUAAAAACAGAAGAGGUGAAGCCUUUACGAUUAGAUAGAAGUGAAGAACGCUUAAAAAAUGAGACUUGAGAGCAAUAUGAAAGACAAUUGAGUGCUUAUCAUAAGUGUUACAUAAAAGUCACUCACAUAAGAAACACCACUUCAACGCAAAGAGACAGCACUCAGCAUUUUUUGGCAUCUAAAAGAUUAAAAGUGAUGAAAAAUAAAAUGUUUAUUAAAGAAGAAAUCGAUUAAAAAAAAAUUAUUUAAAAUUUGUUUAAAUAACUUUUCUAUUUUUAAAAUUUCACUUUUGUUAUUUUCCAUCAUAAUUUAACCACAAAUGUACAGUUGCGCUGUGAAGUAUUUAAAUGUUUACACUGUUCUCUAAUGUUCCUGAACUCUGAAAUCAGUUUUCUGUGAGCUGAAACAAAUGUCUAUAAUUAUGCUAUUUGUUUACAUCUCAGUACUUUUUAUCCAAUGCUAGCGAGUGCUAGUACCACAAACAAUUCUUGAUUGCAUUGUGAAGUUGGUUCUGCAAACGAUCAGCCAUCUUUUCAACAAGUCUAACUACACAGAAAUAUUUUUGUUUUAUUGUUCAAGAGACACGUAAUAUUGAGCCCUGAUCAUCACAAGCAUUCAUAAAUAAAUUCACCUUAUGAGAUGGGCGAGUGUCUAGUUCUAGUCCUAACUUCUGUUGCAGCUUCUUGUAAUGAUGUGAUGGUUUGGUGAAGACAGUGUUGUCAGACAGUUAACUCUUGGCCUUUUUAUUUGUCUCUCUUCAUUUGUAAACAUUGCAUCCGAAAUCAGGAUGUUUCUUUUUUAAGAUGGUUGUUUUAAAUUGGCAAAGCAACAAAGUUAAUAUUAUUUUUAUAACAGUGACAAAAUUUGAUCAACGACUAAAACAAUUAUGUUUAAUAUAAGGCACAAUUAAAUAAAUCAGUUGUGCGCAGCAGUCACUUCACCCCUUGGUCUAUGAAAAUAAUAAGUAUGAACCAGGUAGUGAUGUAAAAAAAAAAAGUUAAGUUCCCUUUUCAGACCUUGUGAUCUAUAGGGUGGAUGAUGUAAAGGUCAUCUGAUUCUGUGGCCCACGGUUAACGAGGGUGUCAUGUGACCAGCACAAUGACCAACUGUCUUUACUUUUCCCCGACUAAUGUCCGGUACCCAUUAAAGCUGGGUGGACAAAAAGGUGGCAAAAAAAAAUUUAUUCUGAAAUUUAAAACCCAGUACCGGUAUUCACCAGUAUUCGAAUCUGGGAUCCCUGGUUCAAAAGCUAAGCGCUAUGCCGCUCAGCCAACUCGCCUCUCUGGUAGUAAUGUGGUGAAUGGGAUUUAUUCUAUCUGAUUCUUUGUUUAGUGUUGAACUUAUUCCCUGUGAAAGUCAUCAUCAGAUGUACCUGUGUUUUUGUGCCAUGUUCCCGAUAUUUGGGAUUUGUACUGUGUUCAUUGAUUCAGUGUAUUAAAGCCAUACAACAACA